ACAUACAUAGCUUGUAUGUGUUGUAUAUUUUUCGUAUCUAAUCGUAUUUGUAUAAGCUGCCAGCUGCGGUAUGUGAGUGUAAAGACGAUGACUUGAAUACGGUCUUUAUUUUUAGUUAUUCGUUAGCCGUCACCACACCAAGUUUACUUUUUCUCCAUGUGUGAUCGAACUUAAUUUGUAACACGUUCAGAGGAUAUUUCUUACAAUGAACAAAAAUUCAUAAUGGCACAAAAUAACGAAAAUCAACGGGAAAAUAGGACCAGACAUCACCAUCACUACCGUAAUCAUUUGCGACAAGAUUUUGAUGACGAACUAGACAUGGAAACGACUUCAUCAAAUAGAUCUGAGCCACUACCACCACAAAAGGACCUUCGUAUUUUGCGUUGUUUUUGCGGAUGUUCGCAACUAACAUUCGAACAAAUUGAAACGUAUGCUAUGAUGAACGUCAAAGGUGUCAUACACAACGAGGACAGUAACAAGUUAUUGAAAACGUUUUUAAAAAUAGGCCAUCGAAGUGAUAAAUCAAAUGCCUUAUGCCUAUUAGAAUGUUAUGAAAAAUGUUGUGAAUGUUGUGAUCGGAUUUUGUUGGAUUUGGAUUCACUCCAGGAUUAUUUGGAUGAUUUAAUUGAAUUGUGCCCAUCAUUUCUAUGGGAACAGAAAAUUUCAUCUGCCUGCGAAGCCGAUACAUCCAACAAAAUCAAACAGCAACUCGGCGAGGUUCUCAACUCUCUUAAGAAGGAAUGUUUAAAUAAUUUGGAAGGCGAUCAUGAUUUUGCCCGGUUUCGUCGCGAAUUACUCAGGAAAAUUGGAAAGUAGAACUUAUGUUUUAAGAAACACAAAUAAGAACUUGAGAAUUUGCUUGAAGACUAAUAAAAAAGUGAUCUAUUGAAUGAAGUGAAA